AUGCCUGAAGGUGCGAGGGCAGUGUGGGCAGUGGAGACGAGCUUGGUGGGUGUAGGUUGGUGCUCCAGGCACUGGUUCGCCAGUCUCCGUGCGAUGGAUUCGCAAGUGACCGGCCGGGUCUAUGCGUGAGGUGAAUUUUCGUGGACAGUGUGGGCCUGAGAAGUCGGCGGUGUCGGUGUCAGAUACGGAGGUGAUGAUGAUGAUGAUGAUGAUGAUGAUGAUGAUGAUGAUGAUGAUGAUGAUGAUGAUGAUGAUGAUGAUGAUGAUGAUGAUGAUGAUGAUGAUGAUGAUGAUGAUGAUGAUGAUGAUGAUGAUGAUGAUGAUGAUGAUGAUGAUGUUGAUGAUGGGCGCACAGGGCGGCGAACUGAGAGUGGAGGUGGGCGUGGUGGGUGUGUUGGAUGUGGUGGGUGUGUCGGAAUUGUGGUCAAUUCCGCUCUCGUGGAUGCGCAUGUGGCCGAAUAG